UCACCAACCGAAGUAGUUGCUGCUCUUGAUACACUGACAAUAGAGAAGACAAAAGAGCUGUUUUUUCAUCUCAAGGUCCGACUCGAAACUCUUCAUGACAUUGACACCAGCCACACAGGAAACAUGCGCAAGAUCUACUACGUCCAGGCCUGGUUUGACCAGGAGGCGGGGGCCAGUUGGGAGAAGAUUGUAGCUGCCCUCAAAAACAUAGGAAGGGAUGCAUUGGCUGAGAUCCUGUCCACUCGACACUUGACUCCGUUCAAUUUGACCUCCGACCCUCCAGUAAGAGCCCCGGAGGCUAGUGGUCCACAAACCAGUGGAUCAACUGUUACGGACCAGCCCGCGAAGAAAUUGAUCGGUGUUCUUCAAGACCUGGUGACAAAGAAUGAAUCUAUGCAACGCGAGCUAGCUGAGGUUCAGCACCAACUAAAACAUAAG